UCAAAGUUCAUUCAAGUGCACUUUCUUCAAAUGCUUACCAUGUCUGUCUUUCAAGAAUGGGGUCGUUUCUCGAAACUGUGAACAGGAUACUUUAUUAUGUCAAAACAAACCAUCUGGCUGUACAACUGUUUCUAAUUACUUCCCUGCCUAGACUGUAAACUUUGGGGUUUGGCACCAGCCUUUCCUUCCAGGAUGCUGACCAAAUCCAGCUUCCAGGCAGCUAAUCAAAGGCACUUGGUGAAGCACAGAGGGAAGGAGCCGGUUUUGGCCAGCUCAAAACUCUGCAAGUCCACUGGAUUUCGGACUCUCCCGUUGAACUCCUCUCUUACAACUGUCCUGGGAUCCCACCAUGUCUACACAGGGGCUCCUCAGCAUGGUGUCGUUUCUAUCAUUGACUUCACUCUUCGUUCUGCUGCCGACUGUUCCACAAAGUUUAUCCCUUUCCCUGCGGAGUGGUUUGCCUUGCAAACUGUCCCCCUCUGAAUCCGAACGUAGAUGUCGAUUCCCGGGUGGAAAACUUUGCAGUGGCAGAGGCCAGUGUGACUGCGGGGUCUGCAUCUGCCAAGUGACUGAGCCAGGAAAAUACUAUGGGCCACUUUGUGAAUGUCAUGAGUGGGUGUGUGAAACCUAUGAUGGAGAGACAUGUGCAGGCCAUGGGACAUGUGACUGUGGAAAGUGCAGAUGUGAACAAGGAUGGCAUGGUGACGCUUGCCAGUUCCCCAAAACCUGCAACCUGACUCGAAGGAAAAGUAAUGAAAUGUGCAAGAAUUCACAAGACAUCAUAUGUUCAAAUGCAGGAACAUGCCAUUGUGGCAGAUGUAAAUGUGAUAAUUUAGAAGGGAAUGGAUUGAUCCAUGGUAAAUACUGUGAAUGUGACGACAGGGAGUGCAUAGAUGAAGAAACAGGCGAGAUGUGUACAGGCCAUGGCAAGUGUUACUGUGGAAACUGUUACUGUGAGGCUGGUUGGCAUGGCGAUAAAUGCGAACUCCAAUGUGACAUCGCCCCGUGGGAGAUCAAGAAGAGGUGUACCUCUCCAGAUGGCAAAAUCUGCAGCAACCGAGGCACCUGCAUUUGUGGAGAAUGUAUGUGUCAUGAUGUUGAUCCAACAGGAGAUUGGGGAGAUAUUCAUGGAGACACCUGUGAGUGUGAUGAACGAAACUGCAAAGCCCUCUAUGAUAGAUACUCAGAUGAUUUUUGUUCAGGCCAUGGUCAAUGUAACUGUGGGAGAUGUGACUGCAAAUCAAGGUGGACAGGGAAGAAAUGUGAACAUCCGUUGUCUUGCUCCAUGUCAGCGGAAGAGAGCAUCAGGAAAUGUCAAGGGACCUCACAGUUACCUUGCUCUGGAAGAGGAAAAUGUGAAUGUGGCCAGUGCACUUGUUUUCCCCUAGGAGAGUCCAAAAUAUAUGGCAAAAUCUGUGAGUGUGAUGAUCGACAGUGUGAGGACAUUGAUGGGAAUGUCUGCAGUGGUCAUGGGAUUUGCUCUUGUGGCCGAUGCAUUUGUAAGGAUGGAUGGUUUGGAAAGUUGUGCCAACACUCAAGAAAGUGCAACAUGACUGAAGAGGAGAGCAGAAGUUUUUGUGAAUCAGCGGAUGGUGUAUUGUGCUCAGGAAAGGGUUCUUGUCACUGUGGAAAAUGCAUCUGCUCGCCACAGGAAUGGUACAUUACAGGAGAAUUCUGUGACUGCGAUGACAGAGACUGCGACAAACAUGAUGGCCUUAUUUGCACAGGAAAUGGUAUAUGUAGCUGUGGAAAUUGUGAGUGCUGGGAAGGUUGGACUGGCAACGCUUGUGAAAUUUGGCUUGGGACUGAAUACUCCUAACUCUGCCAUGGAACACGGAAGACUGACAGAUUUGUGGUUUGGUGUUUUAGGCUUUUGGAGUUUUGAGUUUCCCCCAACAUUGGCUGCUAGAAUAAAUCAACUUUUAAGCAAACACACAUGUUAUUCACUAGGAAUAAGUCAAAGAACCUGAAAUAUUUGUUUUCAAAUCAAAUGAAAUCAGCAUACCUCUUUGUUGCUCUGAUUCUGCUCUCAGUGUAAUCUAUGGGAGUAGAAUGAGAACAUUUAGUAUAUAAUACAGAAGAUCUUCAAGAGGGCCACAAUUAAUGUUUGCUGGAAAUUGCACAGUUGAGAUGCAUUGUAUGAGGUACUCAGAUGAUUGAAUUUCAAUUUCAUUGUAUAAUAAGAAUUGCAUUUGUUUGAAAGGGUCAUGCUGGUUUUGAAGUAUGCUAAAAGUCUGUAGAAGGAAGUGAGGGAUGAUCCCUAUGUUCCUGGUAGUCCCUCUCUCCUUUUCAGUUUCUCCUUGCCUUCCAUCCCACAAGCUUCCCUGCAGACGUCUUUCCUGCCCUGUCACCCCAGUUUCCUCCACUUUCAAUGAAGAUGCUUGCAAGAAAAGGGAAGAUCUGGAUAUGAAAUGGGAACAUGUAAGGGCAUAUAUUCCACACAGUGGUGUUGCCCCUUGUCACAGGAUUAUGGCUGCACUGAAACUACCUGCUUUGUUUUGUGUAUAUGUUUUAAGUGGGUGUAUUGAAGAAUGCAUCUCGUCACCAUGAUUUAGGCACAAGUGAAAAACAGAUCUGCAUUAUUACAGUGAUGUCUGUUCUGAUAGGACAACACUAGGAACGCUUGUCGCAAAAUUCAUAUGAAAACCACUUGUAUAGUUGGACUAUAAAGCAUAGGAGUGGGGACAAAGGAGGAAGAAAACACAGAAAAUAGAACCAAGAAAAAUCAGUCCUGUUGGGUUUGGCACUAACAAGCAAGAAGCACUGCAAAUAUUUGGCAAGGUGUUUUUCAGUAAUCCACUUAGUUGCUCCAAAUGUGCUACUUUUAAAUAGAAUUUGAAAGGUGUAUGAUACUGACUGCAAUACUAUGUGGAAUUUCCAUCUUUCUGCUUGAACGAAUUAUAAGUUCUUGCUUCCCUAGGCUGUCAGAAGCUUUCUUCAAGCAAACAGAGGUGAAGUGACGAAAGUAAUCUAGUAGCUCAUAUAUGGGCAUUGCUUUGGCUGAUUUCCACUCCCCCAUGCCAUCAAAGGCCUGAAGAAAAAUAACUAUGAUGAGCAAAGAGAAGUUGCUUGAUCCCACCUGGGAAGCUAGUGCUCAAAAGGGCUCCCCACAUGGAGACACAUGCCAAAGCAUGGCGACACAUAUUUUCAAAGCCACCUCCAGAUGAAAUACUGAAAUAGAUUAAGAGUCCAUCCAGCCUGGCAUCCCAGCAGGGCUAUAACCACCCAGCAAGCUUGGUUUGUGUGCCACAAAGAAGGAACAGAUGCAUUUUAGAAAGCUCCAAAUAGUCACACAGAUUGAUCAUCAGUUCAUACACAAAGUAUGAAACUGGCUGAAAAACCCAGAAAUGGUGGGGCAAAAUUGAGCUGGAAACUCUUUAAUACCCACCCAUAUUAUCUGAAUACUUUUCCAUCAAAAUAAUAAUGAAUCAUUGCCAAUUAAAUUACAUAACUGAUCAUUUGCUGUCUUGAAUAGCUAGGUAGCAUAUCUCAUUAUAAUUCAUGCUACAAAUUGUUUUCAGAGGUUUGUUUUAAUAUAGUUAUGCUCACCAAGUAAAACUGAGAUGUUUCCAUGCUGACAAAGUCUGUGAGAAGACAAUGGUCUUUAGCGUUGCCAGGAGUUCAUUUGGGCAUACUGCAUAAGGAAUAUUUUCACAUCUGUUCUAACUUUUAAUAACUUCUGAAAUACACUGAAUCUAGGGGUGAUUCAACACAACAUAUAAAAAUGUUCAUGCCUGUACAACACAAAUUUACAUAUAUGUAUGCAAGAUGUUUCUGAUGUGAAAGUUCACUGUUAUCUGAUAGAGAUUAUUCUGUAGAUUAUUAUGUACUAUGUGUUUCAUUAUGAACACCUCUAAAAAUGUGUCUAUUCCACCUUCUGCACUGACCAAAGACUUUGGAAUCAUGGUUGUGCUGCAAUAAUCUCCUUCCCAUGGCCAUUCUAUUGCUGGCAGAGAACACUGGGGAUUAGAAAAGCAUCUGGUAAUAUUCCAUAGCCAGCCGCAUUAAUGAUGCUAUCUACUGAGAUCUCUGGUUACCAGCAGAAGAUGUCUUUCUUAAUCUGUAUCUGGCUAUAGAAGGCAUGAGUAAACAAUGGCCCAUGGGCUGGAACUUUGGGCAGCUGCAUGUCAGACCCUCCUCUCCCCAGGAGGACGUGGAAGGCUGCCAUGAAUUCCUGCUGAGAGCAGGGACCUGCAGUCACACACAGCUCUCAGGGGAGCUCUGGGCAGACACAUUUCAGACACCUGCAUUCUUUGGCAGAAAAGACAAAAGACCUUGAAAAACUACAACUCCCAGGACUCCAUAGCUUUCAGCCAUGGAAGUUAAAGUGGGGUUCAAAUACAUGAAUUCUCCCCCCUCUGCACCAACCACCUUUAUUCAACACCCCCCCCCCCCCCCAGCAUGUGCUCUCAUCUCUCCCAGCCCGGCCCCUUAGCCAAUUUUAAAAACUCAAUGCAGUCCCAAUAUGAAAAGGUUUACCCAUGCUUGGGCUAUAGGGACAUAGUUAGAUGCUUCUCUGAUGGUGAGGGCGCACAGCACAACAAUGACUCCUGUGGUGGUAACAGAGGUGCUGUGAUAGAGACUUGUUUCCAGAGGUCUUUAUAAUCCUCUCAACUAGCUGAGAUCUUGGCCCAUGUUUGCAUCUGUGUGUUGCAACAGACAUGGACACGAAACCUUCUGGGACCUGAUGUUGACAGUUACUGGCUUAAUUUUUCUUUCUUUCUUCAGUUCAAGAUAGCUUUCAUAACCACCAGCUCCACCACUGUGAUCAGUAUCACCCACAAUAGCACUUACAGAGAGAUAGAUUUGUCAUUGUCCCUUUCUUUCAAAGGGAGGGGCCAAAAUGUGCUACAACAUGUUUCAGUGAGAUAAUGCUUAUGCAAUUUUAAAAAUGUAUGUGUGUUUGUGUAUGUGUAUAUGUAUAUGUGUUGCACCCCAAGGCAACGCGAGCACUCGAAAACCAGGCAGGAGCCAAUAUAACACACAAGCUGUUUAUUGAAGCAGAGUAAAUAUAUAGGUCUAUGCGCAUUUAAGGUGGAAAGUCAAAGUAAGAAAUAGUCCAUAAUAUAUAGUCUACUGCAAUUCAGAAAGAGUUAACCAAUGUCCAAUUUGUAAUCCACAAGUGAAGCUCGAUAGCUUCCCUUAGAUAUCAAAAUUUGUCCAUGAAACAAUAGUGGAAAACAAGGACUGCAAAUCCGCUUGACAAGUCCCGUAGCAAAGUCAAAGAAGCAAGGUAAACAAAGCGAAGUCAAUCUUGAUUCAGGAACGAGAAAGUUGUGGUAACAAGGCAAGGUCUACUCGGCGCGGCUCCCCUGGAACUGGAAACUCGGCACGGAUUCAGAAGGCAAGGAGCUGGAAACUGGAACCUCUUCCGAGGAAAAGCAAUGUUGACACCACAAUGAAAAUACAGUGCAGAGUACUUUUAACAGAAUCCCAAGUCUGUAAGAAUUAGGGAGUACAGGGCCCACGAAAAGUUCUCAUGGGAAAAUUAAUCAUUAUCUAGUUUGAGAACGAGUCUUUGACUUCUUCUCAAUCCUUGUUUUCUACUUCUAUCUUGGGUAACAAAAUCUCUCCGAUUUUGUUACCCAAGAUACUUCCAUUCUCCCCCAAGUCUGUACCAUCUGGUGUGGUUAACACUGGAGAGAAUUCGGAAUGUUUGCCAAUUAGCGGAUCUAUGAUUUCCGACACCUGCAAGGCCAUAGGGCCUGAGUUCUGAGCAGGAAUGUCUUCGAAUUCUGCUGCCUCAUCUGUUUCUGACUCCAACUCUUGAUGUAACCUGGCCCAUGAUGGCUAAGCCACAACAAUAUGUAUUAGACUCACAAUUAUUCUGCUUUGAGUGCCUCAAAUCCAUAGAACUCAGAACAUUACAAUGCUCACAGCCAGAAAAAAAUUGAUGUGAUUUGUCUUGUAGGAAUGACUGCUUUUCAAUAAGAGAAAGACCAAUAUUUUACUAGGUUGCUUGGAUAUGUUACUCAACACAUGGUAGUUUGGUUCUUCCAGCUAGUAAUUCUUGCAGUCCUCUUAUUGUUACACUAAUGGUGUGUCUGGUGUGUCUCUCAGUGUCUUGUGGACGUAAAUACAGACUUCAUGUUCAGAUAUUAUUCCACCCUUUUUGCACUUUCCUGGAUACAUAAGCAGGGGAGAUGCUUGUCUUGCCUACUCCAUCAUUGCUUUCCUGAAGCAGAACUCAGCAUGUCUGAGGAAGAGAUUCUUGUUGGGAUGGAUGCUCUUCUAAUUAGCAAAAGCCCUGCAAAAUCAAAGACUUUCCUGGGCUUUUGCCAACACAGAUUUAUCCUUAUAUGCAGCCCUUUACAAGUGAGUAAAAAAUAAUGGAGAGAGCUGAGCUAGGAACUCCCCUUGCUCCCAUGUUCAGGAAAGUACGGUAUAUAGUAAAGGUAAAGGUAAAGGUUUCCCCUGACGUUAAGUCCAGUCGUGACCGACUCUGGGCGUUUGGUGCUCAUCUCCAUUUCUAAGCCGAAGAGCCGGCAUUGUCCAUAGACACUUCCAAGGUCAUGUGAUCCAUGACUGCAUGGAGCACUGUUACAUUCCCACUGGAGCAGUACCUAUUGAUCUAUUCACAUUUGCAUGUGUUCAAACUGCUAGUGCCACCACAUGCCUUAAAAAUGUAUUAUUUAAAUUGAUGGGUCAGCUUUAUGUUAGGCAGAUAUAAUAACUGUUUUAACUCUUGUACUGAUGAGUAUCCCAUGAUUUCUUGGUGAUAUGAUGAAUCAUAGAAUCAUAAAAUAAUAGAGUUGGAAGAGACCUCAUGGGCCAUCCAGUCCAACCCCCUGUCAAGAAGCAGGAGAUCGCAUUCAAAGCACCCCCGACAGAUGGCCAUCCAGCCUCUGCUUAAAAGCCUCCAAAGAAGGAGCCUCCACCACACUCCGGGGCAGAGAGUUCCACUGCUGAACAGCUCUCACAGUUUUUCCUGAUGUUCAGGUGGAAUCUCCUUUCCUGUAGUUUAAAGCCAUUGUUCCGCGUCCUAGUCUCCAGGGAAGCAGAAAACAAGCUUUUCCCCUCCUCCCUAUGACUUCCCCUCACAUAUUUACACAUGGCUAUCAUGUCUCCUCUCAGCCUUCUCUUCUGCAGGCUAAACAUGCCCAGCUUUUUAAGCUGCUCCUCAUAGGGCUUGUUCUCCAGACCCUUGAUUAUUUUAGUCGUCCUCUGGACACAUUCCAGCUUGGCAACAUCUCCCUUCAAAUGCAGUGUCCAGAAUUGGACACAGUAUUCCAGGUGUGGUGUGACCAAGGCAGAAUAGACACUAUUAUACCUUGGUCACACUAUUCUGCCUUGGUCACACUAGUUUCUACACUGAAUAUAGACACUAUACUCCUAUUGAUGCAGGCCAAAAUCCCAUUGGUUCUUUUUGCCGCCACAACACAUUUUCGGCUCAUGUUUAACUUGUUGUCCACAAGGACUCCAAUGUCUUUUUCACACAUACUGCUGUCGAGCCAGGCGUCCCCCAUUCUGUAUCUUUGCAUUUCAUUUUUUCUGCCGAAGUGAAGUAUCUUGCAUUUGUCCCUGUUGAACUUCAUUUUGUUAGUUUCGGCCCAUCUCUCUAGUCAGUUAAGAUUGUUUUGAAUGCUGCUCCUGUCUUCUGGAGUAUUAGCUAAUAGCUAUCCCACUCAGUGAAAAGGCACAGAAGUCAUGUGAAUGCAUUGGUCCAGGGCUAGGGAGCUAGUGGCCUUCUAGAUGCUGUUAGACUCCUGCAGACUGCACUUUUGCCUACCCUAAUCUAGCUUCAGGUUUGAGAGGACCCCAUACAAAAGACCCAUUAAUUGCAACCCCUGACAUACUUAACUUGGUGGCUAUCAUAAGGAGCAGUGCUGAACAGCUGGGACUAGUCACCUUUAAAACAUCCCACAGCACCCUGACAUAACAUGUGGGGACAAAUGGGGGACAAUUUUAAUUUCCCACAUUGACACAGAAUGACAUCAUGACAGGAGCAUUGUUGAAGACUAAAAUCAUAGCUAGAUCCACUUAGCCAGUACUAGACCAGGCCAGUAAGAAACUAGGUGAAGAGGGACAUAGGGUAAGCAUCAGUCAUAUUCAAGUUUUAGCUUUGGUAGGAAUGUGGGUUGGCUGAUGCCCAUCCAGAGUUUAGAAAAUUUUUCUACAGUCCCAAAACCCCCUAGUCAUCACAGUAAUGGCCUUGCUGACUAAGAAAUUUGAAACAGAUCUCUACAGUAUAGUUGCAUGUAGUUUGGAUCAUGGAAAUGUAGAAACUGUGUUUAGAAUGGUGCAUACAAACAAGCCACUCUUAGGUACAAAAUGCUUUAUUUUAUUUCUGAUAGUGAGAUUCUGUUCACUGUGCUGUCCUCAUUGAAUCAUGAAAACAAUGAAGCUUCUUGGGGAUUUGGCAACCCUUUAGUUCUUGUGGGGGAGGGGGGGAGAUUACAUACAUUGUCUUCACAGAAAUGCUUAUAAUUUCUGUUUAGUGAUAGUAAAACUGAAUUCCUUAAAUGUUUUGGGAAAUACUCUAUACAGAUAGGUAAAGAUAAAGGUUUUCCCCUGACAUUAAGUCUAGUCAUGCCCGACUCUGGGGGUUGGUGCUCAUCUCCAUUUCUAAGCUGAAGAGCCAUACACACCUCCAAGGUCAUGUGGCCGGCAUGACUGUGUGGAGUGCCACUACCUUCCUGCUAGAGCGGUGCCUAUUGAUCUACUCACAUUUGCAUGUUUUCAAACUGCUAGUUUGGCAGAAGAUGGAGCUGACAGUGGGAACGUACUCCGUUCCUUGGAUUUGAACCACCAACAUUUUGGUCAGCAAGUUUGGCAGCUCAGCGGUUUAACCCACUGCGCCACCAGGGGCUCCUCUAUACAGAUACAAAAGUUUAAUAUGCUACUGAUUUAUUGCAACCUAUCGGGCCAUGUUUAUAUUGGGCAGGUUUCUCCAUUGCAUAUCUGCCCUGGAGCAGCCCUGGAUCCAGGCGGUAUGUCAUGAAUCUAGGGCUGUGAAUCCAAGCCGUCCGGCCGGGUCGGGACUAUGUUAGGUCCUCUGGGACAUCACUUCAUCCUCAAUGUUGUUGCCCUCUCUCCCCACUGGAUAUGAAGAUCCUCCUGGUCAUCAUGAUCAUGUCAGAAAGGGUUUCCUACAUGAUUAGUGAAGAAGGUGAUACAUUAGUCCCUCUCCUUGCUAGUCAGGCAGAUGCCCUGCUCUGAUAUCAGCAGACAUGCCUGAGAUGGCCAGGGUCUUUCAUGGAGGUAGGAGCAAUGACAGCAACACACAACAAUCUAUCCCCUUUCCCUGAUGUGCACAGGGAAAGAGUGAUUGCAGUGCUAUCUGUCUUGUCAGGGGAUUGGGCCAGAACAGCUCCAAUCCAGCUAUCCAGACUGCUGCCAAGCCCCUGGAUACUCCAGUUUCCUAUCUAAAGAAGGGCAAGGUCAGGUUAAGACCAGAAACCCUCACAAGAAGUGCCCGUGUAUAAUGGGGACAGUCAACGGUGCAUUUGAGGUGAACUUGAAGAGAGGGUACUAGUGUGGAUCACAUAUAUAUCUCAAUGUCCAACUUUUGGACUUAGAAGUAAGGCACAGCUAAUCAUCAGAGGCGGUCCACCGGCGAGGCCAUUUAGGCAUCGGGCCUUCCGGUGGGCCAGGUGGGCCUUCUGGAGCCCACGUCGGGCACUCCGGAGCCCGCUGCCGUAUGUUGGAAGCAAGGCAAGUGGGGUUUGUCUGUGGAAUAAGGUCCAGGGUGGGAGAAAGAGCUCUUGUCUGUUGGGAGACAGGUGUGGAUGCUGUAAUUAAUCACCUUGAUUAGCAUUUAAUGGCCCUGUGGCUUCAAGGCCUGGCUUCCUCUUGCCUGGGAGAAUAUUUUUUUGGGAGGUGUUAGCUGUACCUGAUUGCUUCCUAUCUGGAUUUCCCGUUUUCAGAGUGUUGUUCUUUAUUUAAGUUUUUCCUUAACCCCUCCUUAUUAUCCAACAUUUUCGCGUAUCCAACACUUUUAUUUUUCAAUGAUUAGUUUGGGGGGGGGGGGACCAAAAUUUCUGUUCGCUUACACUUGAAAAUUACUUUGGACCUCCUCUGCUAAUCAUAAAUGAUGUUUUCAAACAUAUUGUGAAAAAAAUUUCUCUCUCUCUCUCUUCCCCCCCCCCCCUCCCACGCCCUAAAGAAAGCACUAUGGUAUGAAAUGCUCUCUGGAAGCCUGCAUUUCCUAGAUAUUAAAAGCUGCCUGCCCAGCAUCCCAUAGAACACAGCAAACAUUUUAUGUGUCAUGAUUUCUCUUGUCUUUAAAAGCAGAAUACAUAGCUCAAUUCGGAGCUUGUAUUAACAGGGACACAGUGGGACAAUGACCUCUAAAUGUCUCUGCAUAAUUUAUUAAUGGGAGUUCUGUGCAUGCAUAAUCAGGCAGAUCGUCCUCAGAGCUCCUCUAUGCCGCCUUUACAUUCCAAGUCUUGCACGUCUCAUCCUUUAUUGCUACAAUAUUAUUGGAAGAUUUAUGGUGAAAGCCAUCAUUUAAAAUUAUGGUUGCUCAUUUGAUUAGAGAAACAAUAUUUUAUAUAAGGAAUUAGACAUAAUUGAUUUAAGAAUCCAUUAAAAAUUGGCACUGUCAUCGAAACAUUUGUUGGCUUGAUUUGUGCAGAGAGAAGUACAGCAUGGAAUUCCCCUUGUUUGAUUCUGAUGUCAUUAGCAAGGCAUGGUCACAGUUUAACCCAGAUUAAAUCCAUACUGGUUACAUCUGAAAAACCUAAUUAUAUGGGAAGACUGAUAAGUGUGGUAUGUGAUGGAGAGAGCAUGCAAUGACUAGAAACUCUGAUUAAAAAGCAGAGACCAGUGGCUUAAAGAAACCUAACAAAUUAAACAUUUUAUGGUAGGAACUCCAUUGGAGCCAGCAAGCUCUCUGGGGAGGUCGGUGAACUAAACUAGUUUCACUUCUAUAAAAAGCUGAGAGGAAGGGCAAAAGAGGGGUGGGGAACAAAAGAAGUGGAAAGAUCCCUGAGUGUAUUGCUUUGCACCACAGAGAAGUCAGGCUAAGUGCAUAAGUUAAUGGAAGAUUUUGAGUCAUUUAUAUUGUUUAACCCUAACUCUGUUGCUAUCUUUGAGAAGUGGGCCAAAAACCUGCAUGGGAUGCAUAUGAUGUGGCUAUGUUUCCUUUCUCAUUCAAUCUACUGAAACUCAGGAGUCAGGAGUUCUUUGAGAUUGGCAAGCAGGCUAUUGAAAGAUGUUAUGUCUACUAAGCUCUCCUGUCAGUGGAGUAUGAUGAGAGGAGCAGAAGCAGGGACCUUCUCAAAGAUCAUGUCACAAAUUUUCAUCACAUUGUAGCUCACUGACGUGCCAUCACUCACUCGCUUGCCAGUGCCGCAGAAUUUGGUAUCGCUGCCUGGCCAUAAAGGUGGGUUCAAGUUACUGAUCAAAGGAAUAGUUGUGGCAAUGGUACUAUGACUGCAAGUGUUAUGAAUAUCAUAAGUUUAGUUUAUGGCAGCAUAACUACCUAACAGGAUAAAAAAAACCUUCUGUAGCACUAAGAUUUGUGUUUCUAAACAUAAGCUGUUCGAGCAGUUCUGUACCACUCAUGGACCAAUAGUUAAAAGGAAGCGCUAUUCAGGCAUUCAAAAGCAUACUGGCCACACUCCCCUUCACUGUUGCUCUCUACACACUUGCCACUACUCACAGAUAAUUUUUUAUUAAAUAAGAAAUACAAAUUUAAUUUCUAAUUUUGAGAUCUGUUUUGGACAAGAAUAUUAGCUUCUAAUUCAUGACCGUAACAGGUAAACCUCUCUACACAUAUCUUGAGACUUCUUUUUCUGAGAUGUGUCUUACUGAGCACUAAAAUUGCCAUUUAUCUGUCAUAUAUUUGCAAUAUAUGAUAUAAAGAUGUAUGUCACUGAGCACUAAGAUUGCUACAUUUGCAUUUAUAUCAUCUAUUUGAUAAUCUGAUACCCCUAUAUCAAUUUUCCGCAGUGUUUUCUAUAGGAGAAUUAAAGUCUGAAAUACUUAAAUUUGAUGGAAGAGUGAAAAAUGCCUGCUUUCCUUUUGAAGACAUGCUCAUUCAGUGGAGGAGGGAACAUGGAAUGAAUUCAGCUUUAGAGAUGUGAAAAUCUGUCAAUUUUAUUUUUCUUGCAUUUCUCAAAAUCCUACUGUUUUGUCACAGUUCUGUACUGGGUUUUGAGACUCCCAACAGUUCUGCAGGAAUAUCCAAGUGUUAUGCACAUAUUUUUUAUUUCCACUGAUGAAAAUGUGUUUAUUUACAUUUUUUCUAAUAUAUGCAUUUUUAGUAAGUUGCAGGUGUGUGAGAGUAUUAAUGUAAUGGAAAGCGGGAGGGAGGGAAGGAAGGAAGGGGAAAACACAUGGUUUCUUUGCUGUGUUGGGAAACCUGAAAGAUACACACCUCUUUUUGUUAAUAACCCCACAGUCCAUGAAUUUGGUAAACCUUUGAAAAUCUUAUUUAGAACACAUUUCUUUUUCAUUCUUGUUUGGAUUAUUAAUUUGGCUCAGAUAAAUGGCCAAAAAUGACAAGUAGAGAAAAUAUCAUUUGCAACAUUUUUUUUCCUUCUUGUUAGAAAAUGGUGCCAGUUUUGUCCCUGGGCAGCUGAUGUUCUCAGAUGGUUGUGAGCAAGGAAGCUGGGAGAUACAUGGAUACAAACUGAAUUUAACAUGCCAGUUCUUUAGUCCCCAUCUUAGUCACUCAAAUAAUAUGCAAACCACCUUCUCAGCAUGCUUUUGUGAAUUUUGCAUGAAGGUGGCUUCAGGAAGAAUCUAAUUUAUCCCUAAAGUAUCAGAUGGACAUCCUGUUAAUAACUUAGACAGAUGCACCUGAAAGCAAUGUCUGUGCAUUGCAUUUUUUAUUGGCCCAGAGGAAUCCAUUCACUAUCCUCUCACACAAUGGCUUAACUUCUACAGGAUUCCACCUUUUAAGUGCCUGGUGGAGGGUGGCAAACAUUGAGAAAGCCCCUCCAGGCAGACAUAGGAUGACAAAACAUUCCCCUACUUUGUGGUCAACCUCUACAUUUGAUUAUAUGCACAUCGCCAGAUGAUUCUACAUUGUCAUCUCCUUUCUAUAGUCUGCUGCAAGAGUAAAGUGUCAGGGGAGAGAUAAUGCAAUGGCAUGUCUCCCAGUGAGCAUCUCAGCUAUGGUCUAUUGCUUUGGGGUGUUUUAAAAAUAUUCUUUGUUAAUCUUCUAUAGACUAAGCAUGUCUGUUUCUUUUUAUAGAAAUGGAUAAAAGAAGAGAUUUUUCUGGUUUGGUUACUUUUAUGUUGUACUGUUUUUCUCAUAUGUUAUAGGACUUUCCCAUCUAUUUGGUUUGGUUCUAGACAUGCUGUUUACUAAAGAAAUUAUUGCUAUCACUAGUAAUAGUGAUGAGGUUCAUCAGAAGUUCAUCAAAAGUAACAUUGAACCCAUUGUAUGUAGUACAGUGUGUUUCUAAACCACUCAGUUUCUAUGGAUUUAGAUCCACCUAUCCAGUGUCAUGCAAAACUUUGAAAAAAAUUACUUGUUUUGACUAAAGCUCCCAGACAAGGCCUUGUUGAUAAAGGGAUUGUGUAAACUGUUGCCAAAGAAAGUAAAUAUUCCAAACUCUGAAAUCAAGCUGCAUCUCUGUAAUGACUAUCAUAGUCUACCUGUCUUUAGGUUAUCGCAGGGCGCUUUCUUCAGAAUCAUACAAAAGUUCAUUCCUUUCCAAAAUGCAAGUGGCAUCUCCUUAAACAGAAGCAGCUAUUGGUAGGAACCCUCUUGGUGCCUUACAUCUUCUUAAGUGGACUUAUGUCUGGAGGGAUUAGAAUUGUACAGUUCAUAUCCAGUUGAAGGCUAUUGUUACAUCAUUGCAUAGCAGGGAUGACAAACUGUACAUUGGUGGAGGAUACCAGUGUCCCAUUACAUAUCUUUACAAUUCAGUAAAGGAGUUUAAUAGCAUCAUUGCUAUGUAGCUAGGUCUACAUAAUACAAUAUAUAGGGUUCUGGUGAUAGUUUCUGUUCUCCAUCUUCUAUCACCUUCUGUUUCUCGCAAGAGGAGGAGAAGAUCAUUGGAACCAUGAAGGAACAUCAGUCAGUAUUCUUGAUCAGCUGCUUUGUUAAGUUCAUGGACAUGUACAUUUAGAUAAUUGUUUCAGUUACAACUGCUCCUUAUUGAAACGUUUGUAACUCUAUUCUGCAACCUACUUUAUCAAGCAUCAUCUGACAUUUUAGAGGAGAUGGGCCAGAAACAUUAUAGUUAAAUAUACUAAGCUGCUAGAAUUCAAAGACAUGGCCAUGUUUGUCUGGAUUAGUAUGCAAAGGGGUCUUGUUUCACCUUUGAGAUUAACUGACAGAAAGACUUUGGUGGAAGAAGCUUUCGUAAACAAAGCUUGGUACCAUGUAUUUGCAAGUCUGUGAAAGCAUAUGCUACAAACUUCUUUAUCACAGUUAGUUUACAACAAGCCUGCACAACUUGGAAAUACUAAGGGGAUGAAAUUAACUUCCUGGGGUUUGCAGAUAAGUUUUUAACACCUCAUUAUUCAGAGGGGAUUUGCCUGUCUUCCUCUGAGGUUUUUUUAUGUGUCAGGAGUGACUUGAAAAACUGCAAGUCGCUUCAGGUGUUAGAGAAUUGGCCAUCUGCGAGGAUGUUGGCCAGGAGAUGCCCAGAUGUUUAAUGUUUUACCAUUCUUGUGGGAUGCUUCUCUCAUGUCCCCACAUGGGGAGCUAGAACUGACACAUGGGAGCUCACCCUGCUCUCCAUGGAUUCGAACUGCUGACCUGCCAGUUGACUUGCUUAAAGUUGUCCAGUCGGUUCAGAGCUGUCGUCCGAGAUUCAAACUACUAUACCACGAUUUUUCAAUUCUGAAUUCCGUUUCCUUUCUUUCUUUCCUCCCUCCUUCCCUUUUUCCUAACUUCCUUCCUUUUUUCCAUCCCUCCUUCCCUUUUUUUCUACCUACCUUUCUUUCAUCAUUUCUCCAUUUCAAUUCUUUUUUCAUACUUCUCCCUGUCUUUCUCCCACCUUAACUUUUUCUUUUUUCUUUCCCUCUUUUUCCUUUCUUUCUUUCUCCUUCCCAUUCUUUCUCUCUCCUCCCCUUUUUUCAUUUUCUCCCUCCCUCCUUCCCUUGGUCGGUAGCAGCAGCAACUUCUUGUGUGGCUGCAUCCGGCCCCCAGGCCACAUGUUGUGCAGGCCUCAUUCACAGGAUCCCUUUGUAUGCUUAAUUAAGUAGGUGAUGUAGAAUACUGACUAGAAUAAAUAAGUAUUAAUGACCAUUUUUGCUCUUAUGUUGGGAUAUGAUUAAACAUUUUAACGCUAUAAAUCCCCUGGUGGCACAGAGUGUGUUAAAGCGCUGAGCUGCUGAACUUGUGGACCAAAAGGUCCCAGGUUCAAAUCUCAGGAGCAGAAUGAGUGCCUGCUGUUAGCCCCAGCUCCUGCCAACCUAGCAGUUCAAAAACAUGCAAAUGUGAGUAGAUCAAUGGGUACCGCUCUGGCGGGAAGGUAAAGGCACUCCACGCAGUCAUGCUGGCCACAUGACCUGGAGAUGUCUAUGGACAACGCUAGCUCUACGGCUUAGAAAUGGAGAUGAGCACCAACCCCCACAGUCAGUCACAACUGGACUUAACAUCAGGGGAAACCUUUACCUUUUUACUUUAUGCUAUAAAUCAGAGACUACAUAUGCCAGAUCAUUGAAUGUCAUACCAGAGUGGCACCAUGCUAGUGAAAAUAAGUGUUCUAUAAAAGGGCGGCUUAAUGCACUAUUUCAGUGGGAAUGGCAUCUUCAUGCAUUUAGAAAAUAUACUGCUGAUAAAGCUUUUAAUAGCUAAACAUAAUGCACCUGGAUUAAGACUGUAAGUCCAUCUGAGCUCAAUGGCAUUUGCUUCUACAUGAAUGCAGUCAGGAUUUCAUUGAGAGGUGCGGUCUCAUGUCCAUCGUCCAGAUCCAACAAUAAAUAUGGGAUAGUCUUCAUGAAUGUACAGAGCACUUUCAUUUUAAUUUUUGUAUGUAUAUUAGCAGAAGGGAGCUCCCUCUGUUGACAUGAUCGGGAAACCUAGCGUGUGUAAGAAACGAUUAGGUGUGCAAAUACAUAUCUGAAUCAGGUUGAUUCCUUAACCAAUUUAACUGCUGACAACACUGUGUCCUUUGAGACUACUCUGAAACACACUUGUGGAUAAAACUAAAGCCAACACAACAAGAGACCAAGACAUGCAAAUUAAGGGAGAACAUUAGACCACAAACACACAGUGUAAAUGGAAGUAUUAACACACACAAUCUGUAAAUACAAAUUGAUUCCGUCAGGUUUACUGUACAGUUCUUUAGCAAGUAACAGACAGUUGAAAAGAAAAUUUCACUUGACAGCAAAAAAAAAUUUGAGAAGAAACAAAAAUGAAUCUUGUCCUGGAAAACAACAAGAAAUUAUAUAUCAAGGAGCUAAGAUUUUCUUUGGCAUGGUCAAGGGGAGAAAGAAUUGAGUUUUGCCAAACUAUUUACAUGAUGUUUUGUUAUACUGCAGCCAAUGCAAUGUUUCUUUGCACAAUCAAUUUUUUUUAAAAAAAUAUAUAAAUGGUGAUGUUUAUUUCCAAUAUGCCUUCAUAUAAAUAUUUUAUUCAAUAUGUUGCAUCAGUGUAUACAACAAAAUGGUAAUAAACACAACUUGUACAAUGCAGACAAACUCAUUUGCUUAUAUGUAUGUCAGUUUAGUAGCACAUACCAACAGGUCUGAUACAUAUAGCCUACUACAUGCAGUUCAUCAUUACCAUCCUCUUCCCAUGCAACAGAUGAAACAAGAGACAAACUUAAAGGUGUAACCAAAGCACAAGGAACGAAGAAUCCUUUCCACUCUGCUGAAACAGAUCUUGUGGGGGAAGAGGCCCUUCCCCCCAGAGAAACAUCAAUGACAGCAAUCUCUGUGAAGGAUAACCGAAAAUGUAUGUGUGUUUUACUUACAGUAUCAACCAUUUACAAAAAUGAAGUCAGCCUCAGUAUUACAUUAACUACUCAACUGGUUGAGAUGGGGAUUUGAGUAUGAAUGUUUGAACUUAUGUGGAUGUGCAGCAAAGAGUGUCAGUUCCAUGUUGCAGAUUGUUCCUCCAAAGCUUUUCCAGACACAAAGUGAUAAAAGGAUGGCCCUUAUAAAUUGGGCCCAAAGGAUUAUGCGGCACUGAAUGCAGUUUGGAUUAAGAUGCAGCAAGGUUGGUAAGGUUUUCUUUGCUGGCCUUAAUAACCAUCACUCUUGGUCUUUGAAGUCAGCUACAAACCCCCUCUGCCCCACUUCCCCUUCAUGCAACAAUAGGAAAUUCUGAAGAAGAACAAAUAACAUUUUCUCUCUCUUUUUAUUUCGCUUUCCUGUUUCAGAGUGUUCCAGAAUGUUUGUUUUUAAAACUCCAGUUGCACAGUACAGAAAUGUAACGGCCUAUUUAGAAUUAAAGUAAGCAGGCUCUAGGAUCUGGUGCUCUAGAGAAUAACACAAAGCAUUUCACAGUUGAGAGUAAGUUGACAGACUGGGCAGAGACCUUCGGUUUCAGUGUUCACUACACAGCCUGUGAACACACAACGCCUGCAGGAGUGGGCCAGUCCACCUGCUGAUUCCUGUAUACAUCCGGGGAAUGGGCAGGUCUUCCUCGUUCAAUGACACAUGGAAAGGCCCUUCUUUACAAUAUAAUCCUCAAGGAAAUGUCAUUUUGAUAAGCUACAGGGAGAAGGGAGUUAAUUUUAUGCACAUAUUUUCACCAUUUUACAAUGCUUCUCUGAUUCCUUGGUUCUUUCUCUUUUCAGGGUGAGUUGGGUCAGAGUCUUAUUACAUGCUUGGAAAUUGAUUAGCUUUUAAAGUGCUUUGUUCAUUUGGUUAAAACAAUCCAACUUUAAACAGUCUCUUGUCUUAAAUGGAAAUAAAACAAAAAUGAAAUGGUCAAAAAUUGUUUUGUAUAUUCUUAAUUAAACAACCCAUUGCAUAAUUUACUGGACUUAUAUAAAGUGUUUAUUAAAAAUUGAAGCUCGUAUGAGAAUUUUGUAAGCAUCAAAAGCUAAUCAAUGGUCAGUUGGUAACCCUUUAAAAAGGAUGGACAUUGGAAGAGACUACAAUGGAUUUAAAAUACAAAUCAAUAUUUAGAAGCCAUUCUGAAAAUACAGAUUCAAAAAUGACAUGAGAAGCAAACAUGGAAAGGAACACCUAGUAGUCUCAUACAUAGUUUUCCAGAACUGAGGUACAUUUUGGUUCUUGUCAUGCCUCCAGUUUUUAAUCACAUACUUUUAAAAAAGCACUUUCAAAUUCUUUACCCAUUUUAUGUUUUACAGCUUCAAUCCCCUUGUGGCCAUUCUCCUUUCUGUUCUCAUUGACAUCAACUCUAGUGUCAAGGAAAUAGAAACCAGCUUCAUUUUAUUAGGCAAUUGGAUGAGAAAAGUUCUUGGCCAUGUACUCAUCUUAGAAUUUUCCUAGGUUUGUGUAGUAACAAUGAAAAGAAUAUUGAUAUCAAGGCAAGGCACCAUAAACCUAGCAAUUUGGAGGGCAUAAUAUCCUAAGAAGCUGAACUGGAAACAUGUGGUAGUGGGGUACUGGUGAAAUAAUAUAUAGCGAUUGAACUCUGCAUGCUUUUAAAAAAGAAACAUAAAGGAACUCUUUAAAUAUGUCCUGUUGAAAACAUCUCCUUUUUUAAACACUGAAAAAAAUAAAGUAUAUUUUGUAACUACCCUUUGCAUUGGUGCUGCAAAAAAGAACACAAUAACUUCCUGGCCCAUGCUUUGCUGAGUAAGAGAGUGGACUACAGCCAAAAAUAAGGAUGGGAUUACGUUCUAUUCUUUAAAAACAGGAAAAAGAAUUAUAUUGUUUUGAAACAGACUUAGGUAGCGCAAUUCCCAUUCAUUUUAAUGUGAUUUUUUAAAACUUUCAAAUAAUGACUAGUAGAUGAAAAAUGAGCCUUAAUUCAGGCCUACAAGGCCUACAGAGUUCUUUGGACCCACGUUCCCAAAAAUGUGUGGGUCUUGCUCACUGGGAAGGCAAAUGUUACCAUUACCAGUAAGCCUGUGAUAUGUAUAAAACACACACACACA